AUGGAGCCGGAGCAGGGAGCCGCGCAGGUGGCCCGGAGCCCGGCGCACGGCGUGCAUGUGGCCCCGUUGCGUGCGAGCGCGGCGCUGCCUCGCCGAAGGCUCCCACGCUGGCGGGGAGGCGGCUCGCAGGUUGCCGUGUGGAGCGGAGGGGGGGGGGAGGAGGAGGAGGAGAGAGGAGGAGCAUCAAAGAAGAAGCUGGCCUACCAACGGGUUGCCCCAGGAGGAUGUCUUAUCUCCCAACGGGCCUGCAGGGCUACGAAGCAUCCUAGGAAUAUCUAUCUCAGAGUCGACGACGGAUGUGCCUCCUCCAGACUACUCAUGGCAAAAUUUCUUGUCGUAUUCGCCCACUGCUGA